UGACAUCGGCGGCCCUGCCUCUCCUCCCUCGCCCCCGGCCCUCCCCAUGUGAUCGGUCUUAAUCCCGGCAGUGUGCGCGCGUGGGGCUCCAUUCCGCGGUGCCCGGUCUCCGUGCCAGGGUGGGUGCUCGUGUGUGCGCCUCUCCUCCCCAUCCCCCUUCCCCAAGAAUAAAAGAAGAACCAAGAGGCGUGCUUAGAAAAUAAAUAAAUAACCACCACACACGCGUCCCCAGAGCGGAGUCGGCGGGGCUGGCGGCGGCGGCGGCGGAGGAGGGACGCGCGGAGAAGGCAGUAACUUUAAAGCCAGCUCAGAGCCCAGACCUCCAGCCGAGCGGUUUGCAGCGCGGCGGCGGCAGCGGCGGCGCUUAGUGUCUGGCCCGCCGGUCCGGUCGGGGUGUGCAGUAGGACGGACGAGCAGCGCGUCGCUGUCUCCCGGCGGCUGGAGAUGUCCGAGCCCAAGGCAAUUGAUCCCAAGUUGUCGACGACGGACAGGGUGGUGAAAGCUGUCCCAUUUCCUCCAAGUCACCGGCUUACAGCAAAAGAAGUGUUUGAUAACGAUGGGAAACCUCGUGUGGAUAUCUUAAAGGCACAUCUCAUGAAGGAAGGCAGGCUGGAAGAGAGUGUGGCAUUGAGAAUAAUAACAGAGGGAGCUUCAAUUCUUCGACAGGAAAAAAAUUUGCUGGAUAUUGAUGCACCAGUCACAGUUUGUGGGGACAUCCAUGGACAAUUUUUUGACUUGAUGAAGCUCUUCGAAGUGGGGGGAUCUCCUGCCAACACUCGCUACCUCUUCUUAGGGGACUAUGUGGACAGAGGGUACUUCAGCAUCGAAUGUGUGCUGUAUUUGUGGGCCUUGAAAAUUCUUUACCCCAAAACACUGUUUUUACUCCGUGGAAAUCAUGAAUGUAGACAUCUAACAGAGUAUUUCACAUUUAAACAAGAAUGUAAAAUAAAAUAUUCAGAACGUGUCUAUGACGCCUGUAUGGACGCCUUUGACUGCCUGCCUCUGGCUGCCCUGAUGAACCAGCAGUUCCUGUGUGUACACGGUGGUCUGUCUCCAGAGAUUAACACCUUAGAUGAUAUCAGAAAAUUAGACCGAUUCAAAGAACCACCUGCUUAUGGACCUAUGUGCGAUAUCUUGUGGUCAGACCCCCUGGAGGACUUUGGCAAUGAGAAGACUCAGGAACAUUUUACUCACAACACAGUCAGGGGAUGUUCGUACUUCUACAGUUACCCAGCUGUUUGUGAAUUCUUACAGCACAAUAACUUGUUAUCUAUACUCCGAGCCCAUGAAGCCCAAGAUGCAGGGUAUCGCAUGUACAGGAAAAGCCAAACAACAGGCUUCCCUUCUCUAAUUACAAUUUUUUCAGCACCAAAUUACUUAGAUGUGUACAAUAACAAAGCUGCGGUAUUGAAGUAUGAGAACAAUGUCAUGAACAUCAGGCAAUUCAACUGUUCUCCUCAUCCAUACUGGCUUCCAAAUUUCAUGGAUGUUUUCACUUGGUCCCUGCCAUUUGUUGGGGAAAAAGUGACUGAGAUGCUGGUAAAUGUCCUCAACAUCUGCUCAGAUGAUGAACUUGGGUCAGAAGAAGAUGGAUUUGAUGGAGCCACAGCUGCUGCCCGGAAGGAGGUGAUAAGGAACAAGAUCCGAGCAAUAGGCAAAAUGGCCAGAGUGUUCUCGGUUCUCAGAGAAGAGAGUGAGAGCGUGCUGACGCUGAAAGGCCUGACCCCCACGGGCAUGCUCCCCAGUGGAGUGCUUUCUGGAGGGAAGCAAACACUGCAAAGCGCUAUCAAAGGAUUUUCACCACAACAUAAGAUCACUAGCUUCGAGGAGGCCAAGGGCUUAGACCGAAUUAACGAGAGGAUGCCACCUCGCAGAGAUGCCAUGCCCUCUGACGCCAACCUUAACUCCAUCAACAAGGCUCUCGCCUCAGAGACUAACGGCACGGACAGCAAUGGCAGUAAUAGCAGCAAUAUUCAGUGACCACUUCCUGUUCACUCUUUUAUUUGUUUCUUUCUUUUUUUUCUCUUUUCCUUUCCUUUUUCUUUUUUCUUUCUUUCUUUUCUCUUUCUUUCUUUUUUCUUUCUUUGUGUUUUAUGGUUUUUUGUUGGGGUUUUUUUUGGAGCUGCAGGGCAUGGUGGGGAUUGCUGCAUAUCAGCAGUUGGAUGUUCUUGCCUCUGAAGGUAGCUUAUUUGCUGUAGGGGCCAGGAAUUGGAUUCAGUUUACACUAUCAUUAAAAAAGAGGGAGAGAUAUAAUAAAUUAUAUUUUGGUGGGGAUGGUGAUUAAACACCUCUUUUGGGUAAUGCCUUUUAAAAAUGCUUAUAGAAAAAAAAUAAAAAGAAAGCUAAUGCUAGUAUAUACUGCGAUGUUAGGGAGUGAACAUGUUUUCCUACUGCAUUGGGGACUUCUAGAUAGGUUAAAGAUAGGUCUUUUAUUAUGUUACUGGACACGAAAACUUUGUCUAAUUUCUUACUCUAUUGUACGUUUACAGUUGCAGCACUAAAAAUGGAUGACAUCAAACAUUUUUAACAAAAUGAUGUAUAAACUAAAUAAGGACUAUUUAUUGAUAAUGUUUUGCUACUCUUGUCAGACAAUGGCUAUAAAAUGAAUUAGGCAGUCUUAAAAAAAAAACAGAAAAAGAAAAAAAAAAAGAAUGUUGCAAAUUUAUUAAAAUGCCAAAAAGGACAGUUUAAUUUUGUACAGAUUAUGCUUACCUCAGGUUUCUUUAGUGUGCUUGAAUGCCCUUUUUUCAAUAUAACACAUUAAUUUAGCAAUGAAAAUCUUUUUGUUUCUUUUCUUUAAGUUUAAAAAACUGGAAUAAUUACAUCCAUCUUUUUUUGCUGUUUAUAUUUAGGGAUUUUUGUUGAUAAAUCAAGUCUUGGUUGUGGCUUGCUGAAUUAAAUAUUUAUGAGUGGUGCAUUUUUAAGUAUAGUGAACAAGACACCAUAUUAAGUACAGUGAUAAAGCAUCUAUAUUCUGUAAAAAAAAAAAAAUCUGCCUAUGCAUGUUUUUUAAGAAAAAAAAAUGGCUGUAUCGGCCUGUAUGGGACUGUAAUGCGCUUAGUGGUCUGACAUAUACUGGAAAUGUAUGUAUACUGGCGUACUUUAUAUUCUCUAAAAUGCUUAAUGCCUUUGAAAUUUUGUAAUCAAAAAAAGCUUUGAAAAAAUCUAAAGGGGAGAGUAUUCUUAAAAGUUUUUAACAUAAGCUUGUCAGUGCACAUAUAGCCGGUUAGCAUGUUUAGCAACCUUGUGAAAUUUAAAUAAGUUUGUAGUUACAUGUGAAACUCUAAAUGCAUGGUAACUGUUAAUGUCAUAACGAUUUAGUUAUUUUGUUCUAUUCUGUCAUGUGCCACACACUAUGUACUUUUUUCACUUUUUUCCCUUUGUAUAUCAGUUACGGGUUACAACUGGUUCAUUCUGAAAACAACAACAAAAGUCCAUUCAUAUUUUUUAACAAUUGUAUAAGUGCCCAAGUAAUUCACUACAGCCUAAAGCCUUGCCUUUGUAAUUUGACUUCUGAAAUGUUGGCAAUCAAAGCAUGCACUUGUAACAAUGAAAAAGAAAAAGCAUUUUAUAUUACUACUCAAUAAAAUGUGCAUGAACUUAAAAAAUUCUCAUCCUUUCACUGAGUCUGCUGAAGGGAUUUCUGUGCACAACCACCAUGCUGUCUUCUAGGUGCUGGGCCCACCACCGUUCAUCACGGAAUUGCUCUCAGAGGCUUCCCCGAGGGCCUCGUGAUCUACGGUGCGGUGCCUACUUCCGCUAAAAGAAGCUUGGUGGCUUUGUGUCUCGAAUCAGACAAGAGAAAUAUAUUUAAAGAGCAAAUGCCAUCUUCUGGCUCCCUCGAGUGUGGGAGCCAGUUAAGAAACUAUAGCAUUCCUUUUUAUUGAAAAAAAAAACGAAAUUUGUUAUCAGGUUGUUUCAGUUGUAUUGGAUGCCCUAUCUGCUAAAGCAAAAAGAACUAAGCUACUAAGUGCAUUUUCAUCACAAAAGAGAGUUGCAUUUGUAUUGAUAUAAAAUUUGUAUACCGGCGCUUCAGCUAAUAUCUAAUCACCUGAAGAUUUAAGAUACACCAAAUUUCAGUUUGUUUCUAACAUUGUUCAUUUUCAGUGCACUUUGUUUUAUGUAAUAAAGUAUGCCUGUUAUAUGAAAUAAUAAGAAUAUGGCAAUUAGUGCUAUAGUGUACCAAAACAAAGAUGUUCUAGAUAUAUUCUCUGACAAAGACUAUCCCAAAUUUAUUUUAAUGAAUCCAUACACUUUUUCCCCCUGUGGAUAUUUUCUUCCUAAAAAAAUGACAUUCAAAGAAAAUAUUUAGAUGCAACUUAUUAGAAUGAUGUGAAAGACAUGAUAAUUCUGGUACCAAGGUGUUUAUUUUCUUUCUUAUAUCUGCAGAGAAAAUAUCCUGACAAAACAAAAAUUUUUUUGGAUUCUUUUCUUUUACAAAUUGUGCUGAGGCGACUAUGGCAUAGAAAUAAACAUUUGACAUUAAAAUAA